AUGAUCUCUUUCCAAGAAUUUAUCAAUAAUUGUCUAACAAAGGCAAACGAACACGUUUCUUCACGUGUAUUACGUGUAACAAAUUCCAUUUUCACUCUAAUAUGUAAUCUGACCGAUAAACUUACAAUAAUUUCUAUAUUUAUUGAUACUGGUUAUAUUCAAAAAAUUAUCCAAUGGAUUCGUACGGAUAUAUUUGCAUCUCAUAUACAUGUUAUAGGUGAACCAAUAGUUAAUAUUGUUUACAAUUUGACGAGAGACAAGACAGCUUUAAAACAACUUCGUACAGAAAAAGCGUUCGAUAUUUUGAUGGAGCGUAAGCAGUUAAUCAACGAUGAAAACGAUAGCGAGUUGACACAAGCUUAUGGUUGGGUAUUAAUCGCACUUGCCACUAGUGAUGAACAAUCAGAAGAAAACAAAAAACUGAUUCUUGAUACUAGUGAAAAUUUAUACCAACUGUGCAAGAAAAUUGAACAAGAUGACUUAACAUUUGAUGGAUGUCAUUUAUCGGAGUUUCUGGAAUUAUUAGAUCGUGCUUUCGCAAACACAUAUGUAAUCAAACAUAUUUUGGAGGAUAAGAUCAAUGAAAAAUCAACAGCAAUACAAUACUUUACAGAACUUUUUUUAUCCCUUUACGGAGCUCUGCUAGAUCCAGAACCAGAUGAACUCGAGAAACGUGCUGUCAAAUAUUUACUUCGAAUUCUGUUACAGAUUUCUAGUUAUCCAGAACAUCUCAAACAAUUAAUUGAUAAUCAUCAGUUUUGUAUAAUCAUAGAAAGUCUUGCUAAUCGUCCAAAACGCGAUGAUGCUAAGCGUAUUUGGUGUAAUAUUCAGCAAAUUAUAUCAACAAACGAACAGAAAAAAGAAAUGUCAUCGAAAAUCUACAUUAGCUAUGAUCGUACCGACGAAGAGUUUUGUAAAGAAUUUGUAAAAGAGUUGCGUAAGAGAACAACAAUACCAAUUUGGAUUGACUAUGAAAAUGUUGACCUGUCUGAUGAUAUGUGGGAAUAUGUAUCUCUAAAUAUUAUAUCGGCAACAGUGGUUAUUACUUUGGUAUCAACAGCCUAUGGUGAAAGUACUGAUAAAUUUCAAGAAUUAUCUUACAUCAUUUCUACUAAUAAAUCAAGAGAUGAAAAGAAAGGCUUAAUUGUAGUCACAACUGAACCUAAUUUCAAUUUCAACCGAUCUUGGAUGAAAGAUCUUUUGCAUGACAGGACUAUGAUUUCCUAUGAAAAUAAUAUUGGUCAUAUGGCAUGGAACGUAUGUGAACAGAUUGGUGUGUUGAAGAAACCGCGAAUGAAAUGCCUAAGUUGGCUAUUCAAAAAUGGACGAAGAAAAACAGCUCAAUCUAAUAAUUUUUCAGCCAAAACUUUGAAAUUGAUUCCAGGAAAUGAUAAAGUCUCUUCUCGAAGGGAAUCUUCACAAGUGGAUGGCAGUACCGAUAUUUUACUUGUAUCAGAAACACAUAGUUUACAGUCCAUUGUUACUGGACUAAUAACGCAAACUGGAUCUAUCAGUGGUUCAACCUGGGUAUGA